GCAUGACUUACAAACAACACAGUUACACCCAACCUCGUCAACUACUGCUCUUUCAAUUCCUAAACCCACAAAAAAAAAAAAAAAAUACCAUUUUUUGUUUUUUCUUCUUCAUCAUCAUCAUAAAAAAGUUUUAAUCUUUUUCAUAAUCACAAUUAUUAUUUUUUAUUAUAACAAGGUUGGUUUCAUUUGGUGGAAGAUAACCUUGCUGUUGAAGCCAAUUUUGUGUUUUUGUUUUUGUUUUCAAGUCGUUGGUCUUUCACUGUCUUUCUAUCUUCAUCAAAUAAACCUCUUCUGACUCGUUGUUGUAACUCACUGAUUCACUCGUUUGACUCCUUUUGAAGCAACCCUUUUGUUUUCUUAAGCUAUUUCCCUUUAUGGGUUUUCAAUUUUAUUGUUGGAUUCACUGCAAUCAGCUACUUGAAUUGGGAAUUUGGUUGUUUACAUAACAUUCUUUUCAAUAAUGGUUUGUUUGGGGUUUGAUAUGGUUGAAGUUGAAGCUCAAAGAUUGGAACUUUGUUUUGUUAAGAAGAAGGAAGUGGGAAGAGUUUUGUUUGGGUGGUUGGUGUUUCUGUUGUUUCUUAGUCCUGUGGUUGGUCUUAGACCCUUAAGGGAUAAAACUGGUUCAUGGGGUGAUGAGUGGAUAUUUUCGGGAAAAGACGAAAGCGACAUAGGUCCAUUUUCGCAAUGGAAUAUAACUGGAACUUACAGAGGGACUUGGAAAUUUCUAGAUACCGCAAAUGGCUCUUAUAGAUUUCCAGAUAUCAGAAAAAUAAAUGGAAAUUCUGUAAUUGAAUUAGUUAGUACGCCCACAAAGAUAACUGGUGUUCAUUAUGUUCAGGGGGUAGUUAUAUUCCAUGAUGUGUUUGACAACGAAUACAAUGUUGGCGGCGCUCAAAUCAAAAUAGAAGGUGUAUAUAUAUGGCCUUUCAGACAACUUCGAAUGGUAGCCAACAGUGGAAAAGAGGGAGGGUUGAAUCAAGAUGGAGAUUAUAUUUUAUCCAAUCCGUAUCAUCUGCUUGGAGUUUUCUCAUCUCAAGUAUUCCAAGAAUCUUCGCGACAUACUAUGUGGAAAAGAAAGCAUUCUCCAUUACAUGGCAUGGAGAAAAAUUGUAAUGUUGAAAUUUCAGCUCGGGUUUCACGCUUGUCAUCUUCAAAACAUGAAGGGGAGCAUGAUUCUUUUCAGCUGGAAGGAUUAAUGGAAAGCCCAUCCGUGGAUGACGAUGGAGAUUGCAUCUCGCCAUUACAGUUAAAUGCGACAUCUAUUAAUAUUGGAGUCUACUAUAAUAAAGCAGUGAACUAUACCUUGAUGGUUACUUUUGUCUCAUUUUUACAAGUUCUUCUAUUGAUUCGGCAAAUGGAGCAUAGCAACACCCAAUCUGGGGCUGCUAAGGUUUCAAUAAUAAUGAUCGGUCAGCAAGCUAUAGUGGAUGCUUAUCUUUGCCUUGUACAUCUGACUGCGGGAAUACUAGUCGAGUCAUUGUUCAAUGCCUUUGCAACUGCUGCAUUCUUCAAGUUUGUAGUUUUCUCAAUAUUUGAGAUGAGAUAUCUCCUUGCCAUUUGGAAGGCAAGCCGUCCUUUGAGUAACGGUGAAGGUUGGGAGAUAAUGAGGCGAGAGCUUUCGGUUUUAUACAGCCGUUUCUAUGGGAUCCUGUUGGGGGGCAUUCUAUUCAUGUACGAGUUCCAUAAUUAUUUGAGACCUAUUCUGCUUCUUGUAUACUCCUUCUGGAUACCUCAGAUAAUCACCAACAUUGUUCGUGAUUCACGCAAACCACUACAUCCUCAUUAUAUAUUAGGCAUAACCGUUACUCGGCUAGCAAUCCCGUUAUACGUUUUUGGUUGUCCUAACAACUUCUUACGCAUAGAACCAGAUCAAAGCUGGUGUGUUUGUUUGAUUUUAUUUACUGGAUUUCAAGCCGCAAUUCUCCUUCUUCAGCAUUAUCUCGGCUCCCGUUGGUUCAUUCCUCAUCAGAUUCUACCUGAGAAAUACAGCUAUUAUAGGAGGUCUUCUCAGGAUACAAAUCAUGCUACAGACUGUGUUAUUUGCAUGACAGCCAUUGAUCUCACCCCACGAUCAAAUGAUUGCAUGGUGACGCCUUGUGAUCAUUUUUUCCACACCGGCUGUUUACAAAGAUGGAUGGAUAUAAAGAUGGAGUGCCCGACAUGCCGGCGCCCGCUCCCUCCUGCAUGAAUAGAUUUUCGAAAUGUUCAUAUCAAUAGGAUCAACUGACACCGCCCAACGCGAUUAUAAUUUCGGUUGGCGUAGAAUCCAUAUUCGGUAUAAUUGAGGUUCAGUACAAGGCUGAAAUACAACAGUUCUGAUAAUUGUAUCAUGCAACAUUUGUUUAUAGAUGAUUAAUAACUGGUAGUGGUUGUCUCAAUGAUUAAUAAUGCUGUAUAGGGAAUUCCAUAAGAUAAUCUUUUGAAUUCCACCCUUGGCUUUCACUGCAUCUCAUUAUUUGCCAUAUAUAAAUAUAUAUACCCUUUUGACCUGCAA